UCGGUUUCAUGUCAAACCACCUGGUGAAGGGGCUCUUAAGGCGCGCAGGAUUAGAGUGCCAACGCACCACAGACUUCACUCUCUGAAAGAGGCCUCCAAGACAAGUCCGUGUUGAUUUUUGGAGAGAUUUCAGCAGAGAAAUCUGUAUGGAGAGCAGAAUCAGGCCGCUCGCCAUGGCAGGACAUCCCGCCAGCCCGUUGGGAGGCCUCCCGAUGUCCCCUUCCCUCUUGCGCCACCCACCUCUCUUUCUCCGUGCCUGUAACCCCGCGCUGGAGAGGGGCUACCCGAGGACCCCGAAGUGCGCCCGUUGCAGGAACCACGGGGUAGUCUCGGCGCUGAAGGGCCACAAGCGAUUCUGCAGAUGGAGAGACUGCGUGUGCGCAAAGUGCACCCUGAUCGCGGAGCGGCAGCGGGUGAUGGCGGCGCAGGUGGCGCUCCGGAGGCAGCAGGCGCAGGAGGAGAACGAUGCGAGGGAGAUCCGGCUCCUGUACCCGCCCACGGGCAUCGAAGGGCAGCCGGGGAUCAGCCAGGGGUCGGCUGUAGGGCGAGGGGUGCCAGCAGCGAGCUGCAACACUCCACCAGCUCCAAGCUUUGACGUUUUUGGUGCUCAAAACUAUAAAGGCGAUGAGAAAGUGAGCAAAUACAGCAUUUACAGCGGAUUUCUGGGUCAGCCGCUCUUUGCUUCCCAGAAUGCUCGAGUUCUCUCCCCAGUUGACAGGAAGGAGGCGUCUCCCAGCAAGGAUAACAGCUCCUCGCUUGCCAGCGAUUGUGGGAGUCCAUCACCGCCGUCUGACCGGCUGUCUGAUCACGCUCAGAGUCCGCAGAGGUCGCUUCCCUCCUCUGAUCCCGAGUCUGGGAGCGAGUCUGAGAAACCCAAGGAGUUGUCACACCUGGACCGUGACCCUGCUGACUUCAUGGCCAAGAUCUUCCCUCAUCAGAAAAGGGACACCCUGGAAUCCAUGGUGAGAAAUUGUACAGGAGACAUUGUGAAAUCCAUUGAGUUGGUUCUGAACGCUAAGGAGAAAAAAAAUGAAUCUGGCAGUGCAUCCCUGCCCCGUCUGCAUGGCUCAGUGCUCAAGCCUGCUGUUGGACUGUCAGGAGCGCUAAGUUCUUCAGGAACCAAGUCUGCUUUCUCCCCCCUACACAUCCACCCAGCCCCCAGUGGGGACGGCCUGUACGGGCUAAGUCCUCGCCUCGGUGUGAGUCCUCUACAGCUGGCCUAUUCCUCUGCCAGCACCGGUCUGGGCGGCCUCAUGUCUCCAUACAUGACUUCAGGUUUUAUGCCACUGUUGACCCUGCGUCCACCUUUGGACUCACAUUCUUUCCCAGGAAUGAUCAGAGACUUUUCUUACGUCCAGAGUAAGGAUUCUCUGUGCAGUACAACAGGCCUUUACACACGACUGAACAGUGACAAAUAAUGUACUUCAUAUUGUAUAACAUGACAAAUGUUGUUUUUGUUUCAAUUUCAUUUUUAAAGCUGAAUAAUGCAAAUUAAUUCUUA